AGAAAAAGAAACGAAGUACCAGAGCCCGGUUCUCAACCACGGUAGGCUGUGUUCAUUUACCUUUUUCACUCGAUUUCAAGUAUUGUUAAGUCUUGGGAAGAAGCUUUCGUUUACGAACCCAAAGGCCAAAAUCCAGAAGCCGGAGCCGGAAGCCGGAAGCCGGAUGCCCUAAUUCUUGGUUUUAGCAUUCCCGAUUGUCCAGCAGCUUCAAUCUCGAAUAUUGUGUACCUUGUAGAUGUUUGUAAUGAUAUGGAUACCAAGAGCCAUGACAAGCACUUGAGAUCAGAUACCGUAGUCCCUGAAAAGUCUGAAGUCAAUAAACUGUCCACCGUAGGUGAAAGUAGUGGCAAUCUUGAACUUUUUAGUCUGUCUGGUAAGCCAUUGGCAAAACUGGAGGAGCAAUCACUUGGAGAGUGCACGAAAGUUGAAUCAAGGAAGUGUCUGAAGGACAAGGAGACAGAAGAUAAAAAAUAUACAGUUGAUGAUAAAGAUGUAGAGGCUCUGAGAAAUAAUUUACCUAACGAUUUUGGUGGCUCUAAUUAUGACAACAAGGUUCCAUUUUACAAUAGUGAGAUUAUGGAUGCCAAAGCCACCAAUGGAUCAAGUGUCACUGUAAAGGAAUGUGAUAUUGGACUAAAAAAUCACUCGAUUGGAGGGAGUAUUAGUACUAUGAAUCCUGAGAGAGAAAGUAAGCAAACGGACAUGCAACUAGAGAAUGGAGAAAACCAAAUGGCAUCAAGAUCAGCUGCUUCAAAGAAGAGGACAAGAAGUUUGUCCCCAAGUGCUGGUGUUAAUAUUGAAGACAAACACCCUGCUGUAGCUAUCUGUGACUUCUAUGCUAAAGGCUGGUGCAUAAAAGGUAGUUCAUGUGGCUUCCUGCAUUUAAAAGAUAAAUUCGAUGGUAGUGACGAGCACUCAGAGGAACACACAGGCGGUGAAUAUUUGAAAAAACAAGCUCAGCUCAAUGAAGGUUUGCAAUGCAGUACAGACAUGUUGAAAUCGCCAGUUUUUCAUCAUCCACCAGAUUCUUCUUUUCUAAAACAAUCUUCAUUUUCUCUGAAAUUUGGCCUUUCUUCAGAAAGAACUUUGCAGAGCGACUUCACUGAAAGGCAAGGAUGGGAUGGGUUGCAUGAGACAAACAAGUUUUUAUUGAAUCAGAGAGAGGAUUCACUUCUGAGCACACUUCCUGACUGCCAUAAAUUGCCUUCUACUAGUUUUGGUCCCUCCUAUCCCCUUAGUAGAGGGGUCUCUACAUCAAGGAAUGGAUUGCCUCCUACGUUUGGUCUCUCUUCAGGCAGCUUCAUGAAAUUGGGUGUCAUGGAGGAACCUGCUAAUGUUGCAUGCCCACGUUUGCAGAACGAUCACCUUUCUCCAGUUUCGAGAACUUUGAAUUUAAAUACUACUCUUCCAACAAUUGGUAGUUUGUCAUCUCGUUCUACUACCUCUAAUACCUCUUCUUUUUCUUUUACAUCUUCCACAAGUGCAAGUCUCCUUGGUGCUCAAAAGAUGUCUAUUAUUGACAGAGAACCUCGUGUUUUUACGACUGCUUCCUCCUUGAUGAGAAGCUCUUCCUCCUUUUCUCCCUCUGAAUCAGAUAAUUCAUUAACCAAUGCACCAAUGAAUUCUUCGGAGUACAAAGGGAAAUAUUCUUCUAAUGACUGGGAGCCAUCUAUACCUUUUCGACCAUCCUUUUUUAUUCCUUCAAUAAAUACAGCAAGCCAGUAUGAUCCUUUCCUGGACAGCAUUGAGGUACCAAGGAUAGUGGGUGGUUCUUAUAGUGUUCCUCUCAAUCGUCAAGGACAUGAAGAAGUAUUGACUCUUUGUACCUUACGUAAGGCAUCAGGUAAUUUUAUGGUUCCUGGGAGCUCAAAGCCAGAAUUUAAUGAUGAUGCAAGUUCUUUAUCCUCUCGUAAUAAAGCGGAGGAUAAGAAUGACAAAAACUGCUAUGUACAUGGCAAGGAUUCUCUUUUGUUAGAAGCAGAAAUGCAAGGAUCUUCUGGUGUUGAUGGUUGUAAUGGUUCUAGGAUUAGUGAGGCUGGUCACGUGGGUCUCACCCGGGAAAAAUAUGUUACAAAAACAAAAAAAAAGGAUACUGACAGUGAACUUAGGCUUCCUAAUAUUUUAUUGCAUGAAAAGGAUUCUGAAGCAGAUAGUGAUCGACAACUUGGUGAUAUGGAUGGUAAGCAUCUCAUGGAUGGAAAUGUGCACAAAGAAUCAAAAGCAACUAGGCACUUCCGAUCUGCUCUAAUAGAAUUGGUGAAAGAAAUAUUGAAACCAAAGUGGCGUGAGGGUCAUCUCAAAAAGGAUGUGCAUAACACAGUUGUCAAGAAAACACUUCAUAAGGUUUUAGGUACACUACAAUCUCAUCAAGUUCCGACUACCGUAGAAUCAGUUAAGCUGUAUCUUUCUUCGUCUCGUCCAAAGAUUGAGAAGCUUGUUGAGGGCUAUGUUAGUAAAUAUGGAAAAUCUUGAGAUGGCAGGCUAAUGCAUUUUUUCUUUGAUAGAUGAAUAUCUUGUCAUUAGCUGAUUCUGAAAUUAUGGCCUAUUGGAUAUGAGCUGCAGUGCUUCUGAGACAGUUUUUAGCUGAAGGUUAGCAAAGUCUCUCGUUAUUGUUAUUAUUAUUUGGCAUAUCUAGUUUCAGCUAUGUUUUUCUAACUCAUGUAUGAACUUUCUGGAUGUUGAAGUACAGUCGAUCCCAGAGAAG